ACUUAGGAUCCUCCAUUAGCGGCAUCGGGGGUACCAUUAGUGUGUGAAUGUGUCACACCUGCAGAGAGGGGAUUAUAAUCCUGACACCUAUAAAAAAAAAUGUUUCUUCCUUGAUGCAACACAUGCUAACUAGGCCCAUACAGAGAUGGAGUCCAGCUGUAAAGCAGCGGUGCACGUGUUAGUGUUGGCCUUGCUGGUUCAGGCGGCCGUGGCUCAGCACUGGUCAUACGGGUGGUUGCCGGGUGGGAAGAGAAGUGUGGGAGAGCUUGAGGCGACCAUUAGGAUGAUGGGUACAGGGGGCGUGGUGUCUCUUCCCGAAGAGGCGAGUGCCCAAACCCAUGAGAGACGUCGACCAUACAAUGUAAUGGAUGAUGAUUCCCAUCAUUUUGAGCGAAAGAAAAGGUUCUCAUAUAAAUGAAAACGGGGGGAAAAAGACAAUUUACAUGAUUAUCUACAGCAGGGACGGAUUCCCCCGAGGGCGACGCAUUUAUUGCACCAGUGUCAUUGAUAGGCAUGUCUGUCUCAGUCAAAUCCAUGUGAAACUGUAAUAAACUCUUUUUGAGACCUCAUCAACUUACUUAUUUAAUUUGAGUUCCUGAAGCCAAGCCUGGCUGUCACGUGCCCAUUACAAGUGUGUAAUAAAAGAAAGGGGGGAAAUAAAUAACCUUUGACACCCCUUAAGUGGACGAAAUUGCUGUUGUUGUUUUUUUUGUUUUGUCUUUGGGUUUUUUUUUUUUGUCAGGCAGCCGCGACCGACAAGCAUGACGAAGCCGUGACGGCGGCGAUCCUAGUGAGACAGCAGCUGUUGAUUAAGAUAAUUUAUCACAAAUCAAUGACAUCACUCCACGUGUUACACUUGGCCAAAUUCCAUUGUCAUUGACACCAUCUGAUCUCUGGGCUAAAGUUAAAACAUGCAUGGCAAAAUGUAUAGAAUUUACACAAUAAAUAGGUUGGGAAAGGUAGAAAAAGGAAAUAUUUACUGUAUCCGCCUCCCAAGUACAAAGGUCUAUAUUGAAAAGAACGCGCUUUUAGUUUCCUUCAUGUAUUAGUAUUUUCACGUUACAUAAAAUUUUCAGUUCAUAAUACUCAGUAACUCAAAACUUUCAGAUUCCUAAAUUUGGCAACAACACCUUUUUUUUUGCUGCACCUUUAAACUUAAAUCUUAAAACUUAACUCUCUUGUAACAUUGCAACUUUAUUCUCAUAAAGUUACGACUUUCCUUUAAGUAUGUACUAUUAUAUUAUUUUACCAAAAUCAAACACUUUUCUUGUUUAGUUAAUACACUCAUAGCUUUUUUUUCCCUUUCUUGAUAAAAUGAUUUUAUUCUUACGAGGCUUGCAUGUCCAUUGUGACGGCAAAAUGUCACUAUGAACAGAAUCGGAAAGUUGGGAUUUUUCUGUCAUUCUUGUAUUUCACACUCAAAAAAAUGGGGUGUUGAACUGACAUAAAAAAAUUAUGGAAAGAAUUUGCACAUGAUAAUAUUGCUUUCCCUCAGCAUUUAGCAAUCGUGUCCUUUUAACAUAAAGCACACGUCUCGCCAACAUUAGGCACUUAUGUUGCGCGAACAUAACGCAGUCUUGUUGAGCCAACAUAAGGCACUCAUGUUCACCCCAAAAUACAUGUUGAACCGACAUUAAAGAAAUACAUAAUUUGCACCUGAUGAAAUUGCUUUCCUUCAGUAUUAAGCAAUUGUGUUCUUUUAACAUAAAGCACACAUGUUCAACCAACAUAAGGCACAACUAGGGCUGUCAAAUUUAUCGCGUUAACGGGCAGUAAUUAAAUUUUUUAAUUAAUCAUGUUAAAAUAUUUAACGCAUGCACGGAGCGACCCAUUCAUGCAUUGCCGCAAACAGAUUACAAUGGCGCCAUUCGACGCAUAUAGAGUUAAGAGGCAGUGACAAGUGAGUUAAGUGGAUGCAGGCAUUCAUUUUGACCAUGCUUUUACUUAUCUAAAGCUUUGACAUGUCUUCCACAACAAUACUAACUUUUGAGGAAAGCAACGUUGGGUAAACUAACAUGAAUUGAUCUUUUUCUUAUCACCUUACAUUGAACACAACACAGACACGAUAUAGUAUUUGCAGCCGCUACACACAGUCAGGGUUACCCACUUCCCAUCAUGCUUUUGGGCAGAACAGAUUUGUCACUACAUUAUCUUUUACUGAAAGCUCAACAAAUACACUACAUGGCAAUAUUUAGUCGGUUGGUCGAACGGUUUGGAGUCUCCAGUGAGCCUAAAAAAUGUGGAUAAUGAGAUUAUGAAAGAAAGAAAUAAAAAUAAAGUUGAGGAAUUUUACUGGCUAGGCCUGUGCCUUGCAAAGCCCCAUCUAAUAAAAAAAAAACAACAACAACAAAAAACACUUUUCACAAACAAAAUAAUAAUUAAAUAGUGACGGUUAUUGGGCCGGCCGGCUCUACCAAUGAGGUGUCACUUAUUUUUUCAGGGAGUUGGCAACCCUACUUUUAAAUCUCGCGACAAAUGACAAGACUAUUGCAAUUGGUUGGAAAGGCACGUUAACAUUGUGUUGCAUCAACAUGAUCUAAUCUAGCUCCUCAUUCACUGUUCAUGUUUAUGUAGAGACUGCAUGAUUCAAUCAUGUUCACCUUGGAAACAUGAUGUUUUCUUGCUGAAAAUGCACACUGUCUUUUAGUAAACUUUACAAGCUGCCUGAUUCUUUUGAGUGCAUACUCAUACCUGUCAAGUUGUACGGUUUCGGCAUAGUUUGUACAAGUGAGCACUGAUUUUUAAAUGUGUACGCCGUACAUUCAAGAUCUGUACGUUUUCCGUGCAUUACGGGUUUUUUUUCUCCAUUCGGAUUUUGUCACCGUUCUGGCAACGAAACAACAUGCGUUAUUAUGCGUUAUGUUGGUUGAAUGACACGAGAAAAGUCAGAGUCACGGAAAGAGAAGAGUGUUUGGUGUGACGCUGUAGCAAACACGAUGCUAGGCUAGGUGGCUCCAAUAUUUCCUGACUGUAGCCAACAGCCUACAAUCUACGCCUAGAUAUCACACACAUAUAGAACUACAUGCGAAAUGACAGGCGGCGUUGGUAAACAGCCGACAUUUUAAAGCAGUAGACUUCUCAGAAAGGCUCUGUUGUAGUGAACCUUCCUAGCUAACCUAAGUAACUUUUAACUAAAAUAUUCCUAAAUCGGCAAAAUCUUGACUUGAAUCUAUCUUUAAUUGAUGAAAGUUUAAAAGCUUUCACGUCGAAAGUAGACAGAAGGGAACUAAUGCAAAAACGGGAGCAAUUUUAACGGUUGAUUCACAACAUUAAAUAACUUGCUAUGUUUUUUGUUUUUUGGGGGGGGGGGAAACAAACCAAAAAAAACAUGAAAGGUAACACCAGUUACUUUGCCAAGUAACUAAUUACUCUUACAUUCAGGUAACUGAGUUUCUAACUCAAUAACUUUUUGGGAGAAGUAAUUUUUAACUGUAAUUAUUUACUUUUUAAAAGUAAGAUUAACAACACUGGUGAUAAAGAUGAAGUCUGCAGAAUGAAAAGUGACUGAGAUUUUAUUCUGCCAAUUUGUUGCCGAACACAAUUUGCCCGCAACUAUUGCUAAUCACUUCUCAGAAUUAGCAAAAGAAAUGUUCCCUGACUCAAAGGUUGCAUUGGUAAGUUAAUUUUAUCAAUUGACCUUUUAAAUCUAUAAUUGGACACACUAACGAACUACCUUCAGGUAAAACUGAAUUGCGAAGUGCAGCCUUUAAAAGACAGAAGUGCUACAUACAAUUAUAACAAAAGUCACUGUUAAAUUUUAGUAAUGAUGAUGUAGCUGAAGAUAUUGAUUGUUCUUUGAUUGCACCAGGUUAUAUGUUACAAUGUUAACAAUCUAUUCAUAUUAUUUUUAAAAAUGAGUUUUAUUGUUGUUUCAUAUUGUAUGACGUUGUACGAUGAGUCACCAAUUUGUAAGGGCAUACGUCACUAUUUCCAACGGCCUCGGGUUGACAGGUAUGCAUACUAGCAUAGCUGCUAACAAAAGAACUUGACGCUUGAAGAAGCCACAUGAUGGUAGUCAAGCACUACAUGAAGGUCCUUAACCGACUUUCUCACAUUUUCUUCAUUCUUUUCGUGUGAUUUUAUAAUAAAAUCCAAGGGUUGAACUAUCCACCGAACUUCCCUCGACGAAUCUUUUACAACUCGAGCGUAACUUGCGGUGAACGCUCCCGAAUCCCCUUUUCCCUCAACCCCUCCCCUCGUCUCCAUCGAGCAAAUUGCCGGGCUUCAUUACAAAAACGUGGAAUUUUCAUAUCGGGAGAGGAAACGUAUCAGCGGGGGGCAUAUGUUUUAAAGAGAACUCAUUUGGCGGCAAAACCCCCACAGACGGAGCCCCCGCGCUAAUCGCCCGUGCGUGAGGGGGCCGCCAUUCAUGAGGCACUCGCAUUGUCGUAACGCACACCAAUGAACUAGCGGCGCUACUGGGAAAAGGUGAACGUCGCGGAGGGAAAAGAAGAAGCGAGUGGAAUUAAGCCACAUUCCAUUGCAAUUGAAAGCACAAUGCUUUUUGCUCUUUCGUUAUGUAUUCGACCUGGCUUUAAUAUUCAUGCUGGCAAUUUGCGUUUUCAUUCCAAAGAAACUUCUUUAAAGCGGAAAAUGAUGUCCAGGUUUUUCCCCCUCUCAGAUUCAUGAUGAGAGUUUUAAAAGGUAAUUUAAAAUAAAUAAAUAAAUAGGUUUGAUGAUUGCAAUUUGGAGCACGUAGGAGAGGUUAAUUCCUGUUUACAGAUAAGCCUGCCAUUCUUUUCAAGGUUCGGUUUAAUUGCACGUACCGACAGGACGCAAACAAAAACCUGCCGCUAUCUGUGUUUCCAAAUUUGAUUUAACCUCACUUUCUCCUUCGCCCGGACCCCCCUGGUGGAUAUUCACUUUGUUUACCUCAAAUUAAACUUCAUAUUGUUUACAGCCUCUCGGUCCCUGAACAUUUUAUAGCGUUUUAGGCCCCCGUUUUCUUUAUUUAUUUUUUCUAAUGAUUGUAGGGUUGGGAUUCAUUUGAAUGUUCCCCUCAUCUGCAUGAAAAUUAUAUAAUUAACUUUUGAUUAACCAGCUCAGUUGAGUUGGUCCCCCACCCCUCCAACCCCUCCAAAGCACACUGGUGAAUACUACCCAGCGCAUUUUAAUGACUGUUUUCCAAUUGAGCGGGCGACCUUUUUCAUCAAAGAGCCACAACUGGGGCCAAAAGACAGCGGCGGGGAAUAAUCGCGGCCAAGACAAUGGCGGGCGAGCAUGUCAUCCUUAAAUAUAACAACAAAGCGUGUGGUGGCGACAAGCCAAAAGUUCCGGGCUCGCCCCCAUUGUUCCCCCACGCCGAGGUCACGUCCAUUGGCGAUGGAAAAGGGACCGGGAAGCCUAGAAUGGCCCAUUGUUACGUGUCCUUGCUCAAAGGGAAUUCCGUUUACGGAGGGCGAGGUGUUAAUUUGUUUCAUUUUAGUGCUGUUUGACACUUUGAAAGUUAAAAUUUUAGAUUUUUCUUUAUACUCUUCAAGUUACAACAAACUAACUGGUUGCUAAAUGAUUAUUUUUCACUUUGCUGAGCUGACUUCAACAGUACGUUGGAUUAUUGUUGAAUUACUUCAUUGAUUUUAACAUUUAUUUUUCAUAUUACAAGUUUUCCCCCACAUUGGUACUUGUUAGGUUAAAAUGUAUGUAUAUAUACUGUAUAUACAUAUAUACAUAUAUGGCAGAAAACACAGACAAGACUGAAAAAGCCGUUUCUGCUCUUGCACUCCUCUCCUCUUUAAAAGAAACUGCUGUAUUUUAAGCCAAAACAACUGUUGUGCUUGAUAAAACAGUAUGUCUAUAUGCUGCCAUAGAAGAUUCAUGGCGCAUCAAGCCCCCAAACUAUUUUUAAUUUGUCCGUUUUACCCUGGAAACCCCCGUUUACAGACGUCGCGCAACCGCUUUUGUUUCAACCCAGCCAUAAA